ACCUCUCUCACCUUAUAACCUCCAGAUCCUUCAACAAACACAAUACAAAUACCUCUCUCUCUCUUCUUUCUCUCUCUACAUAUAUCUUCAUCGCAUCGCAAUUCACAAAUCUGAACAAACUACUCUCAUAUAAAAACCUCUCAAUUCCUCAAUUCACCUAUAAAAUCACCCUCUUUUCAAAUCCUUCCCGCUUUCUCCACUCUUUUUCAGACACAAACCCUAAUUUUUCUCUCAUAAAACCAAGGGUUGAUGGCUGAUCAAGGAUUGGAAGGGAGCCAACCUGUGGAUCUAGCGAAACAUCCUUCUGGGAUCGUGCCUACCCUUCAAAAUAUUGUUUCAACAGUCAAUUUGGACACCAAGUUGGAUCUCAAAGCAAUUGCACUCCAAGCUCGUAAUGCAGAGUACAAUCCCAAGCGUUUUGCUGCUGUCAUUAUGAGGAUCAGAGAACCAAAAACAACUGCACUCAUCUUUGCUUCUGGCAAAAUGGUCUGUACUGGAGCUAAGAGUGAGCAACAGUCUAAAUUGGCAGCAAGGAAGUACGCCCGUAUCAUCCAAAAGCUUGGUUUCAAUGCUAAGUUUAAGGAUUUCAAGAUUCAGAACAUUGUCGGCUCCUGUGAUGUCAAGUUCCCAAUACGGUUGGAGGGUCUUGCAUAUUCCCAUGGGGCUUUCUCUAGUUAUGAACCUGAGCUUUUUCCCGGGUUAAUCUACCGUAUGAAGAAACCGAAGAUAGUCUUGCUAAUUUUUGUUUCUGGAAAGAUUGUUCUAACAGGAGCCAAGGUGAGAGAGGAGACUUAUCUAGCCUUUGAGCAAAUAUAUCCUGUGCUCACUGAGUUCAGGAAAAAUCAACAAUGAUUUUGUCAAAAAAAUAAUUGUUCUUGCGGAGAAGCUCGUCGAAUUGUAUAUAAACCAAGACAAAGGAGAUAUCUGAAUUAGUAACAAGACAAAGGUGAUAUCUGAAUUGAUAUGUUCUCUGCUUCUGGUUUUGAUAUUGUUAUGUGACAAUUUUGUACUGAAUUAACAUUUUGAAAAAGAUGAUUUUGAUGAGGUAGAAGAAAGGAAAAAAAAAAAAGUGGUUGGAGCUAGAUGGAAUAACAUAUUCUGACAGUUUUGGACUCAUUGAAUAUUGUUCUUUACAAUUUUGAUAUUGUUCCUUACAAAUUUUUACUGCCAGUUUAACCUGCCAAAGUUAAAAUCAUGAAGGUUUAACCAUUUACUUCUGCAUUACAAUUUACAGUAGUGUAGUUGAUUGAACAGUAA